UUGUCACGAAUGGUACACAUAACAACGUAUUGGACAACGCAAUUUGAAACAUGGACAACUUUCGAAUUCAAUAUAUAAACAGCGACAGUGAUGGGUCAGAACACAGAUAUACACAGGCAGACGCAACACAAACGGACCUGGAAAAAGAUCCGUUAAUCAUACGGGAAGAAAACGCUGAAUUGAUCAGUGAAAUCGCAGACUUGUGUACUCGACCGGACAUAAACAAUCCAGAGGUUCUACUACUUCUUGGCAGCGUCGGUGUAGGAAAAAGUGCAAUAGUGAACACUAUCAUCAAAGCCAUAACGGGAAAACAUUUCCCCAAAGCAAAAGUUGGUCGCGGGCUUGUGGCAUCCACAACGCUUGCAUUUGAAUGGUUUGAAAACUGUGGGAUUGAGAAUUAUGAUCUAGAAGGUAUGCACAAUGAGGCAUUUUCCAAGUGCCUGAACAAGUUGCCUAACAUUAUUGACGUACCAGGAAUGGAUGAUUUCAACUCUUCCAACAUACGAGAGUUACUCGAGGCGGUUUUAGAAGGUUAUAUUCCUCCCGGAACAUCGGUUAAGUCCUUACAAAAGUUGCAGGAAGUUUACGGGGUAGGUUGCAUAAAAAAUAUUUACCCGAAAAGAAGGGAGGAGUGGGCGGUAACAAGAGUUGUGUUUGUUGCAAGUGCCGUUGAAUUUCCGCCCACGUCAUUGGUCAAAAUGGUCCGCAGUUUAUUAGAAUCUUACGACCAGGCAACAGGAUAUUUCAAAUACAAUAUUGACCUGUUCGUAGUCAUUACAAAGUGUGAUUUGGUGGAUAGGAUCGACACUUCUGAAACGACUUCGAGAUUGUUCAGCAUAGCCGGUGCAAUGGAACAAAGCAGCACCCGUUGGCAGAGCUACGUAGAUGGCCGGUGUUUGGAUGAUCCGUCCAUCGACAACAUUGCUCUCAAGUUUGUGAAGAAGAUGAUGCAACCGAGACGAAAAAGAUUUCGGGUGGAGGCUGAUAAAAUACCUGUGCUUACGCCACAAAAGAGGCUUGUAUUGAAACUGACUUGGGCACUAAAUUUAAUGGAUGCGGAACAGAAAUGUAUGGUUUUUAUCAUGGUUCUGUUGUCGUUGAAUUAUUUUGUGCUUGUAAUGUUGUCAGAUCCCGUUAAGACUGCCGAUUUAAAAGACUUGCAUAAAUCACAAAAAUAA